AUGAUUGAUGAUGAGGCUAACUUUGGCGACAUCACUGAUGCCCCUGCAGAAGCGGAAGCUGCUGCAAAGUUUCAUCCUAAUAAGCUGCGGGGCAAGCUUCGGAAGAAAUCUGUGCCAUCAAGAUCUGUUGUACCCAAUCGUACAGUGGAAACAAGUGAUGAGAAGGCUCUAGCUUUAAGUCAAGAUAAUUUGUCUCAAGGACUUGCUACGAAUCAAGAAAUAGCAUCUUCGGCCGUUCAUGGUAGUGAAACGAUUGGUGGUGCGGAAGUUUGUGGGGGCACUAUUUACACACCUUCUGAUGAUGUGCUGGCAGUUUCUUCUGUAGAUAGGGUUUCACAAAAUGACGAUCCUCAUGAUGAUCCAUCUGAAGUAGCUACGCUCCAAGAAAGCUUGGUUGUUUCAGAUACCCAAGCAUCAUCCACCCAUCCAAUUAGCAAGACAGUUGAUGAUUUAGCUGACUUUGGGGAACUAUUUGACACACAUUCUGAAGAGGAAAACGCUGCAAAGUCCAAGCUAAAAAUUAAGGUGAAACUCAGCAAGGCAGCAUCCAAGUCCCGAAAGACUGGCCAAAAGAAGGCAGCUUCAACUGUAGACGUGGUCUCACAAAAUAAAGAGGAUGGUAACGAUGAUGUCAGAGGAUGCAACGAUGAGCAGGUACAAGCUCAACAUGAAGAACAUGUACAGACCUCAGAUUCUCAGCCACCCUUGGGAACUGAUGAUGGUACAGUUGACAAUUUUGUUAACCGCAACCGCAUCCUUGAAGAGCCUGGUCCAGAGGAAACGGCUGCAAAGUUAUGCCCUAAAUCACAAAGAAAACCUGGCAGGGCUUCAUCCAAGGCUGUUGGGACUAGUGAUGAUUAUGCAGCAGCUAAUCUAAAGGAUAUCAAUGCUAGUGUUGAUAUAGACUCUCAAGAUGGGCUGAUAAAUCCUCAUACUGAUGAUACUCAACCGAUCUUUGGAGAACCCUCAGCUGAAGCUGCUGCUACAUUUCUACUUGAUCUUGGAAAGAAAAAGAGCAAAGGCAAAUCAGUAACAUUUGUUCUACCAGAUGAUUAUGAGGGGGUCGCUGCAACAGAUACCAACCAUAAUGACAUAGGAUCUGAUGAAAAUUUGAACACCUUGCCUCAGCAAGCACCUCAAAAGCAUUGUCUUACUGAAGAACAUUCAGACGAUCAGGAAUAUACUGAUAGGGAGAGCCAGUACUAUGAGGGGGAGCGAUCAGAUCAUGGUGUUGAACAACAAUCCAAAUUGGAUGUUGGAAAACAAGAAUUAUCAAUGAAGUUAAGAAGCAGGACAGAGAUUCAGAAGGUUGGGUUAUCUGAGCAUAUUGUUGACGAUCAUCUUGAUGAAGAUUUUGUUGAACCUUCAGCAGCCGAACAAAAUAAUGAUAGUAGCGACGAGAACACUGCUGGAGGAAAGCAGAAGGCACCAAGAAAGUCAAGGAAGAAAGAUCCAAAUAAAGAACCUUUGAGGGGUUCCAAGCGCACCUCGAUGAAAUCCACUUCGGAAAAAUCACAGCCGAACCAGCAGAAAAAUAAAAGUGAAGUAUCGUCACGCGGUCGUAAGAGAGCCUUGAAAGAUACAAUGACAGAACAGCCUGAGAAGAAGCUUACUCACAGAAUUCGUCAAAAAAGAGCUCAAGAAGUGCAAACGUUACUUCAAAAACCUGAUCAUGAGAUAGAUCGCAUGAAGCUAAGUGUGACGCAUCUCAGGUUGUUACAAGAGGCCAGAGAGCGUAUUCAGAGUAAAACACCGUCAGGACCAUCAUCCUCUAAUCAAAGAUACUUCACUUUUUCAGAUAGGGUAUUUGAAGUUGGCGUUGCUGCUGCAGUUUUUAUUCCAGCAUCUAAAUUUGUAUUCUUAAAUUUGAUGAGUUGCAGCUCCCGUUUUGGAGAUACUGACGAUUUUGAUCCUUUUGGAGAUAACUAUGACAAUGACAGAACAGAGAAUCAGGCGCUAGAAAGUGCUACUAAACUGAAUUACCAUUCUUAUAUGGACAAAAAGACACGGGCCAAAUGGACAAAAUCUGACACUGACUUGUUUUACCAGGGUCUUCAACAAUUUGGUAGUGAUUUUGCAAUGAUACAGCAACUAUUCCCAGAUAAGUCCCGUGAUCAGGUACGGCAAAAGUUUAAAAGUGAGGACAAAAAGCAUCCAAUGCAAGUCCACGAUGCUAUACUUCAUCGCUCGAGAGAUAACUUGUAUUUAAAACAAGUAAUGAAACAGCUCAACAUUGAAGAUUCGCUCAAAGACAUCAACAUUACACAAAAACAAGAGGUUGCAUCAACUGAAGGGAACACUGGAAAUGAUGUUAUUUCUGAAACUAACACGUUCAGUGUUGAGAAUGUUUCGAAUUUGUCAGAUGAAGAGAUGGGCACGCACCAAUCUGAGGUCAAAGAAGGGGAGGAUGUUGCAGCUGGAAAUGCUGAUGAUGUUGACCUGGAUGUUUUUGAUUGGUACUAG